AUGGGAAAAAAUCACAGGUUCAAACUGUCAGACAUAAUGCCAAACGCCUGGUUUUACAAGCUGAGGGACAUGAGCAAAUCCAACAAACCCCCAAAAAACCCAAGAAUGUUACCACCACCUCCGGCCCAAAAGAACCCCCGAAAAUCCUACUACCACUCCUCUGAAUCCCGGCCCAUCCACAACCCGAUUUCGCCCCGAAACCCGAAGCUCGUCGAGACUCGUUUCCCCCACGAACCCAACCGGCGCUCGUCCAAGAAACGUGCGAGACGCAAGACGAUAUACAUGCCAUCCCCACGGCCGAGGCACGAAGAUUUCGACUCGCAAGACUUGAGGGAUUUUUUUCUCGAGUCCGAUUCAUCCGGGCCCGGCCCGGAUCACGACGGGCAUUUCCCGGGCCUUGCCGCGGAGCCUGACUCGACAUUUGAGCCGGACCUCGACCUACCGCUGCCAAUCGUGACAAAGCCGGUUAUUGGGCCGAAGAGGAAUGUGGGCCCGGCCCGGAAGUCAUUCUCCCGGGCCAGAGGGGUGAAGGUGAAGGUCCGUGGGAACGGGCCGAGAACAGGAACGAAAGUCAACCGAAGAGGGAUUAAGGGCCCAAACGGAGUUGGGGAAAACCGGGCCGGCCCGUUUUACGCGGAGAGUUUAGCCAUCGUGAAGGCCUCGGUCGACCCAGAAUGGGACUUCCGGGAGUCGAUGGUGGAGAUGAUUGUGGAGAAUAAUAUACGGGCUUCGAAGGAUCUCGAGGAUCUUCUCGCGUGUUACCUCUCGUUGAACUCGAAUCAGUAUCACGGGCUGAUUAUCCGAGCGUUCGAGCAAAUAUGGUUGCGGCUCAUGUCAGAUCAAGAGCACCAAUUUUAG